GCUUCACUUUGCGCCUCCAGACGUGCCUUCCCCGACCCCUAAGAUGAAGAGGGCGAUAGCUGAAGGAAGCAAACUGCUGAUUUUGGUGCUUUGCUUGAACAUCCCGUCAGAAGCGGAGUCCUGCCCCGGGGCGUGUGUAUGCUACAGUGAACCCAAGAUCACCAUCAGCUGCCAGCAGCAGGGGCUGACAGCCAUCCCCACCGAGAUCCCCAUCCAGAGCCAGCGCAUCUUCCUGCACAACAACCGCAUCACCCUGGUGAGGGCCACCAGCUUCACCUCCUGCCGCAACAUGACCAUCCUGUGGAUCCACUCCAACAACAUCAGCCUCAUCGAGCCCGGGGCCUUCUACGGCCUCACCAAACUGGAGGAGCUGGACCUCAGCGACAACACGAACCUGAAAUCCAUCAACCCCGUCACCUUCCGGGGCCUUGUGCACCUCCACACCCUACACCUGGAUCGCUGCGGGCUCCUGGAGCUCUCCACAGGGCUUUUCCGGGGGUUGUUCUCCUUGCAGUACCUCUACCUUCAGGAUAAUAACCUCCAGAUCCUGCUGGACGACACCUUCAUCGACCUGGCGAACCUCACGUACCUGUUUUUGCACGGGAACAAAAUCAAGAGCUUGUCAGAGAACGUCUUCCGUGGGCUGAUCAACCUGGACCGGCUGCUGCUGCACCAGAACAGGGUGAGCCUGGUGCACCGGCGCGCAUUCCACGACCUGGGCAAGGUGAUGACCUUGUACCUGUUCAACAACAACCUGACCGUGCUCACGGGGGACACCAUGGCCCCCCUGGUGUCCCUGCAGUACCUGCGCCUCAACGGCAACCAGUGGAUCUGCGACUGCCAGGCGCGCUCGCUCUGGAAUUGGUUCAAGCAGUUCAAGGGCUCCUCCUCGGAGCUGGAGUGCCACCUGCCCCCUCGCCUGGCCGGGCGGGACCUCAAGCGGCUGCAGAGCUCCGACCUGGACAGCUGCGUGGACUCCUUCAACCAGAUCCGCACCAGCGUCUUCAGCACCAAAACCAGGUCGGGGAAGCUCCCGACGGGGCUGCCCCCGCUGGGCUCCCACGACGGCUCCUCCAAGUGCUGCCAGCCCGAGAUGGACAAGUCUUUUAUCUACGAGGCUAAGGGCAAGGCAGGGCCCUCCUCCCACAGCAGCCGUUCAUCCAACAACCACCUCAAGGAGAAGGAGAACAUGUCCAGGCCCAAGUACAUGGAGACAGACCCUUCCAAAAAUGGCAGCAACAAGCAGAUAAAUGAUUCCCCCUUUGGGACCUUCCCCAGCAUUGUAGACCCUCCUUUGACCAAGUUGAGACCCGAAUUUCUAGAGCCCAUUGAACCUUCCACAGUCCCAACCAAAAAGAGGCAGGGCUGCUCUAAAAAGAACAGAUCAAAGGCCCAGUGCCGCCUCACCCAGCAGGGGAACAGCUCCACGUUACAGCUCAGCCUAAGCCUUUUGAUCCCCCCCUUGGUGUGGAGCUUACUGUUAUUCUGCUAA